AUGGGCAUAGACGAUAGAUAUAUUGGAUUGACUUUGGCCGUCGCUUCCAGUCUGUUGAUUGGCACGUCUUUUAUUAUAACGAAAAAGGGACUAAUAGACGCAAAUGACAGACAUGGAUUCGCUGGCGAUGACCAUAGUUAUUUAAAAAAUCCAAUUUGGUGGAUAGGAAUGACAACAAUGGUUUUUGGAGAAUUGUUAAAUUUUGCGGCUUAUUCCUUUGCACCUGCUAUACUUGUAACGCCUCUUGGAGCUCUUAGUGUUUUAAUUGGAGCUGUUUUGGCAUCAUUAUUUCUUAAAGAAAGUCUUGGGCGGUUAGGAACCGUUGGUUGUGGGCUAUGUUUAAUUGGAUCCAUUAUGAUUGUACUUCACUCACCUGCAGAUAAAGAAAUUAAAACAGUUGAUGAAAUUCUACAAUUUGCCCUUAAACCUGGAUUUUUAUUUUAUAUUCUAACGGUUGGUUGUUAUACAGUUUUUGCUAUAUAUCAAAUUGUACCAAAAUAUGGCAGAAAAGAUCCUUUGGUGUACCUUUCAAUUUGUUCAUUGGUUGGUUCAAUAUCAGUGAUGUCUUGUAAAGGAUUUGGAAUUGCGCUAAAGCUCACCUUUGCGGGCAAUAAUCAGUUAACACAUCCAUCAACAUACGUCUUUAUUAUCAUAUCUACACUUUGCAUAUUAAUACAAAUGAAUUAUUUUAACAAAGCUUUGGAUCAAUUUGAAACUAAUAUAGUAAAUCCUAUAUACUAUGUGUUUUUUACAACAUCAACGAUUUUCGCAUCAGUUCUUCUCUUUCAAGGAUUUAAUACAACGUCCAUGGUAAAUGUUGUUAGUUUAUUUUGUGGAUUCCUUACAAUAUUUUCUGGAGUAUAUUUAUUAAAUACGGCAAAGAAUGAUGGACGUGGAUUGAUGGAUAAGCCAAUGCAAACCGGAACUGGGAUCUUAAGAUCAUCUGUAUCAGGAGAAAGACGCGAUUCUUUAAUGAGAACGAGAGAUGCGACUUUAUUUCAUGCAUUCGAUGAAGAAAGUUUAGGUUUAACACAAUUAAAUGACGACCUAACGGAUUCCGAAGAUGAUUAA